AUGGUUUUCGAUGCUAGCUUAGGCUAUGACCCGGAUGAAUGGGAAGAAUGUCCGCCGAAAGAGCAAUUUAUGGUAUUCUCGUUUUUCACACGACUUCUGCUCAGUUCGGCUGCCGUCGCCUUUGUCGUCUUAUUUUUCCACCUUCUAGAACGCAAUAAAGAUAAGAAUGGAAAGAAAGAUGAGUCUCAACGGGAUAAAGCCGACGACACUAUCAAACAGACUUCACAAAAACUAGAAGAGUAUGUGAACGUAGGAAAAGAAACUAUAAAAGAGGCUGAAAAUGCCAUGAAAAAUACGGCUGAAGAUUUGUUGAAAGAGGCCGACGAUUAUAUGAAAGAUGCUGCGCAUCGAACAAAGGAAGGUUUGAGCGAAGCAUUCAAGGAAGUAAAACGACAUAUUCCUGGUGAAUCGGACGCUGAUGGUCGUGGACAACAAGAAACAUUCGCUCAAUUUAUCGAGGAACCGCGUCGCAAAGCAGAAGAGGCGGCGCGUCUAGCAUAUGAUCAAGUUCAGGCCGGCGCCUCCUACUUGUCCGCUCAAGCUGAACAUGCAAAAGAUGAAGCACAACGAAUAAUCGAACAGGUCCCAUCGUUCGACCAAAAAACCUAUCAACAGGCGGCGGCACCGCCGCAGUGGAAUCAACAAAAAAUGCCGUCUCCGCCAAUAAGGAAAAUAAGCAGAGAAGAUGAGGAAGCACUUCGUCAAUGGGAACUCGAACGUGAACGCCUGGAAGCGGAACGUUUGGCAAAACUCCAGGAUCAUGAGGUUGGAGGUGAAGAAUCAGAAUUAACGUCAACAGGAAUGCUACCUGCUUCACAUAUCUCUUUCGCUAGUGGAUCAACACCGGAAGGCGAGAGGAGGGCUCUACAUGGUAUGGCUCCUCAGAAUCAAAGGGAAGGCCUUGAAAGAAAAUUGUUGACAGAGAUUGGACAGAUAGCAGAAGCUUCUCCAACGGUGAAACGAGAAAGCUAUCGCGACUCGGAUCUGACUGACUACGAUAUCAGUGACUUCCAUGGAAAUGAGCACAUUUUCGACAAUUAUGGUUCUUCACCAGCAGCCGACGUUCAGUUUAUGAACGGAGCACAACGAAAACCGACGGACACGGUGGCAGCGCCAUUAAGUUCAGGAGAGCGUCGAGCAACCGGGGACAGUGACGAAUAUGUUAAGGUGAACGCGGAACCGAUCUAUGAUAUGCCUCCCCGCAAUGAGAAAGGAAUGAGCCCUGAAGAGGCGAAGCAGUUACAGGAUCUAUACAAAGAGUACGACUUUGGAAUUGAUAUCGGAACCGAAGGCCAACCACAACAUCAGUCAUUCCCAAUGAAUGCACAGUUUUCACCUCCUGCUAUGGGACAUUCGAUGACGCAGCAAGAAGCUCCUUCACCAAGCGCUAGAGAAUUGCUGGAUGAAGCUGAAAGGAACGUUCAUCGUGUACACAUCAAACUUGUUCCUCAAGAGCAAAAGGAACAAAUCGAUGGUGGCACAGUGCAUUUCGGUGCGAAGGAUCAGGAGGCUUCACCUCAACCGUUCCACAUUGUGGAUGAUGGUCGUGAGGAUCCAAGAAAUGUGGUGAACGCUGAAAUGUAUGUAUCGGAUGCGCUCGAAUAUUUGGGUAACCAAGAGAGUCCUGCACCUGCUGGUGCUUUCGUUAUAGAAGAAGAGAUGCUGAGCAGUCAGGGCAGCCUCAAACGUCCAGAGCAACAGGCUCGAUUACUAUCAGGCGAUCCCACAAGUCAUCAAGUCAAAACCAUGGAGGUAUUCGAACGCGUCGAGCACGACGAACAUGAUGAUAUCACCUAUGCGCCGGAAAUUCAAUCCGUUGAAAUUCCACCUGAUCAAAUGAGCGAAAAUAGCGAAAAUUUACAGGACUAUUUUGAUCGAGCAGCAGCUGAAGGAGCCCUGGAAUCGAAUAAGCUACGAGACGUGAAACCUAUAUCAACGCAGCAAGCAGCCAUGGCCCAGGCUCCUCAUAUAAUCCCGGCCAGUGCACGGGCUCAAAGUGCAUCUUCACUUGCAUCCGCACGAAGUGCAAGAAGUAGUAGUGAUGGAUUCCCUAAGUUACGUAAACAAUCUUCAUUGCUUUCUGUGAUGGGAGUGACCUCGAUGCAAGAAAUUUUGCUAACGAUCGACAGUCUCGAAACACUUUCGGAUGCAAUGCGUAAAGCAGGACUUGAAAACACCAAUAUGAUAUUUGGCAUUGAUUACACUGCCAGUAACAAGUACCAAGGAGAAGACUCAUUCGGCGGACGUUCACUGCACACAAUUCAUCCAACCGUGAAAAAUCCGUAUCAACAGGUGAUCACUAUAUUGGGUCGUACGCUUGCCCCAUUUGCUAGUACUGGUCGGAUUCCCGUCUAUGGAUUUGGUGACGCAAAAACUGGAGAUUGGAGUGUGUUCCCACUUAAACCGUACGAAGACUGUACGACACUCGAUGAAGUGCUCAAAGUUUACAAUGAGGUUACGCCAACGGUGGAUUUGAGUGGUCCCACUAACUUUGCUCCCUUGAUCUACCAAGCUAUGGAGAUCUGUCAAGCCUCAAGUGAUUAUCAUAUUCUUGUGAUUAUCGCCGAUGGUCAAGUGACCAAUGAACGAGCAACGCGACGAGCCAUCGUACAAGCGUGUCAGUAUCCGCUCUCAAUUAUUGUGGUUGGUGUUGGCGAUGGACCGUGGGAAAUGAUGAGGGUGUUUGACGAAUCAUUGCCGAAACGUCCUUGGGAUAAUUUCCAUUUUGUUGAGUUCCAUGAGAUUAUGCGGCGAACUAUCGGUCAAGCUGAAGGUGACGUGAAGUUGGCCGUACAGUCGUUGUUGGAAAUUCCCGACCAGUACAGAUGCAUAUGCGAACUAGGACUAUUAAAAAAUCGAUCGAUACCGCCACGAGGAUCUGAGAUUCGUAAGAAUCUAAAAACUCGUAAAGCUCAUUAG